AUGUCCUCAGACUACCAGCCCGAUUCCUCGUCAGAUCCCGAGGAUUCAAUAUACGAAGGUUCGGACGAAGAAGUGAAAAAUUCGGGUGCAGACGACGAGGACGAGGAAGAGGAAGAGGAAGAAACGAGACCGAAUCGCUGGACGGGACACCCUUCAACAUGGCGCGGGAUCACGGAACUGGAACGUGGACUUGCAGCGUCGCUAGAGGCGGGGAGGAAUGCGGAUUUGGGGAUCCAUUUGUAUAAUGCUUUUGCGUUGAAGAGACGCGCGAGGGGGUUGGUGGAGGGGCUGAGGAGGGGCGAGCCGGUAUGUGCCCUCCUUCUCGUAUGAGGGACUGGAUGGGGAAUUGGGCUAAUUGGAACGGUGCAGAGUGAGAAUCCGGUUGAUACGGAUAGAGAUGAUCCGUUUGUGCCCCCCAAGAGCUGGACUGCGUGGCCGUUGCUUCCGGUGGAUGUUCCUAGGGAGGGAGAGGUGGUGGGGGAGGAAUGGGUUCGGGCUCGCCUUCGGCAAUGGAGACGACUAUGAGAAUUUUUGGUUAGAUCUCCAGGCCAACUCGCAGCGCGCAAAGAAAAUGGGGAGUGGAGGGGGAGGACUAUCGGAAGGAAAGAUAAGGCGCUCCAGCUGGCGAAGGGAGCUUGGANUGGGAGGAGGGAGAAGUCUAGUGCGGUUUUGGAGGAUGUGCUUGUGGCGACGAGUUUGAGGUUCGCGAAGGAGAGGUUUGAUGGGAGGGAGUGGGGUGUGGAGGGAGAGCAUGACGCCCUGGAGGAGGAAGAUGACGAGGAUGAGGAGUCUGAAGAAAGCAGUGAGGAUAAUGCAGAGAUGGUUAAGGAAGGAAAUCAGACGCCGGAAACUACGUAUAUGAAACCAAUUGUUUCUGCGGACGAUGAAAGGUCGGCGGAACUCCUACGGCCCAGUGUUCGAUAUUCGAUGGAGAAACUGGAUGCGGUUCUCAUUGCAUUACAUCAUGCCCGAGAAACUUGCCGCAGACACGGUUCUUCGACUGAAGAUACGGACGGGGAGGCGACAACGACAGUAGAGAAGAGGCCUCAGGGAAGACCACGGAAUUACGAGAUCACGAACUUGGUUCACCGAGAACGACAACAGGAAGAAGCGAGUAUAGAGCCAGAACUCACUGGAGACUUUAUCCGCCGCAAAAAUAGCACGAAAGGCACUCGCCGAGGUCGUCCCCCAAAACAAUACCCCCGUCUAGAUGGAGAAACCGAAAAAGAAUAUAUCAUCCGAAUCUGCAAAUUGCAGAAGAAACCUCUUCCUGCAUGGGCACGGUCGAGAGAACGUGCCGAAUCACUCCCCAAAUCUCCCAAGAAGUCUGUCACCCCCAGGAAUCGUGCAUGUUCCGUGGCAGCGGCUGAGAAACAUCUGACGAGGCUGGGUCUUCGUGAUUGGCGUGAGGUUCUUGGGACUGCUGCUCUUGCUGGCUUUCCUGCCGAUGCGGUUGCGAGGGCGACGCAGAGAUGUGCGAAUCUCUUUGGGGAGGGUAUGGUUCUUAGGACGCUGGUUGAGACGCCGUUCUUUGGGGAGGGUUCGAUCGUGGAUACGACUUAUCAACCUGAUCUUGUUCCCAAUCUGGACGGAGAAAUCCAUACAUCGGAUUCUGAUGGCUUUCAAACCACCCACAGCCAUUCUUCUCAGCUUUCGGGUACCAAGUGUUAUACAUGUCCUAUCAAAGGUUGUACCAAACGAGAGAAGGGAUUCAAAAGUCAGAGCCAGCUUAUGGGCCAUCUUAGGACUGUUCAUGAGAUGGAUGCCAAGGAUGCCGCGCAGUUUGAUGUUCCUAGCGAUGAUGAGUGUGAGGGAGCGGUACAUAUUGAUGGGUUCUUGAGGCCCGUGAAGAGGGGGUGGAGAGGUCCGGAUAAGGGACCUAGGAAGAAGUUGAAAAAGGCUCUGGAUUCUUUAACGGGGAGUGAUGUAGAGAAUUCGGAGGAAGAUAGAGAGGUUGAGGGAGAGACCUCGGAGUAGCUAUUUAGACAUAUGGGAGUGAAAUAAAUAUACAAUCCUCAAAUUCUCAAUCUCACAAGUACUGUGAACAACAAUUCAUCCGAACAUCUCUAUCAUCAAUCCCUCGCUUGUCUAACAAAACAAAAAGAAA